CUGUCACGGUCACGUGGGUGGGAGGGUCGCGUCCAUUGUUUAUUUGGCCAAGAGAGAGAGAGAAGAGCAGAGGAGAGCGAGCGGAGAGAGUGAGAGGGGACGGACAGAGACAGAGAGAGAAGAAAGGACGACGGAGGCGCGAGAAGAGAGAGAGAGAGAUACAAAAUAAAAUUAAUAAUCAGCGCGACCGCUGCCCGUACCGAUCAUCCAUCCAUCCCGUCCGCCUGCCCGCCAGACGCCGCUCUACGGCCAUGCUUGGCAUCAUCAACAAACUGCUGGACUGGUUCAAGUCGCUCUUCUGGAAGGAAGAGAUGGAGCUCACGCUCGUCGGCCUCCAAUAUUCGGGCAAAACGACGUUCGUGAACGUGAUCGCGUCCGGCCAGUACAGCGAAGACAUGAUCCCUACGGUGGGCUUCAACAUGCGGAAAAUUACCAAGGGCAAUGUGACCAUUAAGCUGUGGGACAUCGGAGGGCAGCCGCGCUUCCGCAGCAUGUGGGAGCGCUACUGCCGCGGCGUGAAUGCCAUCGUGUACAUGGUGGACGCUGCUGACCACGACAAGCUGGAAGCGUCGCGGAACGAGCUGCACAACCUCCUGGAGAAGCCCCAGCUGCAGGGAAUCCCGGUAUUGGUGCUGGGUAACAAGAGAGAUCUCGCCAAUGCCCUGGACGAGAAGGAGCUCAUUGAGAAAAUGAAUCUGUCGGCCAUUCAGGACCGGGAAAUCUGCUGCUACUCCAUCUCCUGCAAAGAGAAGGACAACAUUGACAUCACCCUGCAGUGGCUGAUCCAACACUCGCGGAGCCGAAGGAGCUAAGCUGGCUCGGGCUGGCUCUGAUUCAGCACCCCGCAACCACGUCGACCACCGCCUCCACCGCCACGUCCACCGCCUCCACCGCCACGCCAAUCGCCGCCAGCACCGCCACGUACAACCCCUCGCCGGCCGUGACGCACGCACGCACGCACACGCACGCACGCACGAACGCGCGCGCGUGUGCUCUCUUACACACACUCAAAUGGACACGCAUGUACGCACUUGCAUAAAUACACACGCUCACACGUACGCAUGAACACACGCAAUCGCACACAAACACAUGCACUCGUACGCACAAAGGCACGCAACACGCGCACGCUCAUUGCACUCGCACGAGUGUAUGCGCACAUACACUCGCACAUUCACACACGCGCUCCCUCGCACAUAGGCGCGCACAUGCACACUCGCAUGCACGCACACACACCACACUCUUAUGCCCAGCUGUCGAAUUGGAGACAUAGACUUUUGGGGCCCCUAUCGCUUGUCAAAUCACUGACUUUUUAAACUCGUCGCAUGUGGGGGGUAACAGGUCAAUGCCCACACUUUAACCCACCAUGCGCACCUCGUGCAAAAAGGGGCACAGCCGAUUAUGAAUGCGCAGACCUCCACAGUCUCAGAGAAUCAACUGUUUGGCAUGUGGUUACCGAACAGGGGGCUCUUAAUUCGUCCACAGAAUAUUCUAGCACGGCCGCCCACAUUUAUAUGGCGAUGCACAUUGUGUUGAAAUGUAUUUUUUUUGUCCUCUAUCGAUCAUCUUCCCAUGAUCGCGGCCAGCCAGCUCCUGCAACUGCUUUGCAGUCAGGGUUGGGUUGGGACACCGAGCAACCGGGCACCUGCCCAGUAACCUACUCCUUGAGUUGGCCCAACUUGGACCUACUCCUUGAAUUGGGCCGACAUGAAUCUAUUUGUGGAGUUGGGCCAACUUGCACCUACUCCUUGAGUUGCGCCACCUUUAAUCUACUCCUUGGGUUGGGCUAACUUGAAUCUACUCCUUCAGUUGGGCCAACUUGAACCUACUCCUUGGGUUGGGCUAACUUGAACCUACUCCUUGAGUUGGGCCAACUUAAACCUACUUUUUGAGUUGUGCCAACUUGAACCUACUCCUUGUGUUGGGCUAACUUGAAUCUACUCCUUGAGUUGGGCCGACAUGAACCUACUCCUUGAGUUGGGCCAACUUGAACAUAAUCCUUGAGUUGGGCCAACUUGAACCUAUUUGUGGAGUUGGGCCAACUUGAACCUAUUUGUGGAGUUGGGCCAACGUGAUUCAGAUGGUAGCGGUGGCGUAACUGUAGAGAAACUUUCACGGGGCCCACUAACCAGGAGUGCCCAGACACACGGGUCCCAAGAGUAGGGGACAUCGGACAGCAGGUAGGGCCCACUUUACUCCUUGCAGCAGGACCCUUGCUGUGACCACACUAUGCUGCUACAUUGUCGUCUCCUUUCAUACGGCUGAUGUAGAUGCAGAGCAAAACAGCUCCAAUUUCACAUUGUGGUGGCCAAGCCAGACAACCGCGUCAGUAGCAGCGGAGUGUUUCGCUGUCGAUGUCUCCUUCUUCUUUGUGAAUCGGGCAUUGCAUCGUUAUACGCUGUACAGACUGUUCUGGAUGACCACAGUCGCACAAUGGAGAUUUUUGUAAAGUUUCCAUUUGUGUGCAUCAGGUAUCUGCAUCUGCUGCCAUAGUUUUCAGCGGAUGUGGUUCAGGGUGGACCAUAAAAGCACAUGGUCCAACCUAAACUAUGCUCCUAACUUACGCAGACACCCGCAUGCAGACUCGUCGACUCGAACGGAGACUCCUAGACUUACACGGAGACCCAUAGUCUCGCGUAGAUGUACAUAUAGACCCACGGACCACCGCCGUACACUUACCUUGGAGACCCUACAUCAGUCGAGUAGCCGUCAAGUGUGCAGACGGUGUAAAUGCACCGGGGAUCUGUAGGGGAUAGGAGGGCGUGGGAUAAUUAAUUCCAUGCCAACCGCACGACACCGCUGGAUGGGAAUGGGAUUGCGUUGGGACCCAGUGGUGUGCGUGUCGUGACCGGAGUCUGUGGCCGGCGUGAGCAGCAGAAUAUUUACCCUGUAGUCGCCAGAUUUGUCAACAACUUUAUGAAAAAAAGACGACGCUCUCCAAAUGACAACAGCAACAACAACAAAUCAAGUCGAACAGCAACAACAAUAUAAAUCGAAGCGUUAAAAGUGUUCUCGUUGCAUUUUACAAGGUGGGUAGGGAAUGGGUUAACGGCGAUGGGACGUGAAUUACAACUCGGUGGGGGGUAUUUUUUGCAGUGACGGUGGUUAAGUUUUAAUCGAACUUUUUAAUGGUUUUUAGCCGUUUUGUUAUCGUUGGUGUGGCCAUCGUUUCGCUAAGUGCUGUCGUCAUCUCGGGUUGUGACAUUUCUUGUUUUUUAAAGAAAAAAAUAAUGGAUCACUUCUUUAAUUUGUUUGUCUUUAGGGCCGUUUUACGCGAAGGUAAUUUUUUUCCGUCGCACACUCCUCUGUGCUGUAGUCGAACGGUGGUGUAAAGGUGCGGCCAUUGCUUUGCUCAACGCCGUGACCGGCGGAACGGCCUCUGCAAUCGAGGGGGGGAGCUCUAAGGAGCCCCCACCCCCCCACCCCCUUCCCCCCCCCCCCCUCCUCUCUAGAGAGUAUUUUGGCUGACCCUUCAAGAUGUCUUUGGAAGAGCUGGGAAUUACCCACACUUUAACCCCCACCGUACACGACCUGCCAGUCCACUGUGGUGGUACCCAUUUCUACUGCUGGGUGGACAUAUGUGGGGCGGCCUGGGGGUGGGGGGGGAUUUUAUGAACUUGCCCGUAUCACUAGCCGUGCCCCGGCAGGUCAAUUCGCCAACCUCUGGUUUGCAGAUCCGGUGUACUAAUAAUAAUAAUAAUUUACAUUUAUUUGUAAGGCGCCUUCCACUAAUGUCUCAAGCCGCAUUGUAAGAAUAAGGUUAAGGAAAGGCCAAGAGAGAAGGAGAGCUACGUAGAAUAAAUGUGUUUUUAGACGCGACUUUAAAGUAUCCACAUUGUCGGUUGAAUGAAUUCCCAACGGUAGGGAAUUCCACAACCAAGGCGCAGGCACAGCAAGCCACCCGCUCUCACCCCAGCAACACAGCCGGGUUCGCGGUACGCGCAGAAGGGCUGAGUGCAGAUCUCAACGACCUUGAGGGGGUGCACGGAUGGGUUAGCUCGUGAGUAUAUGGUGGUGCCAGCCCAUGCAAGGCUUUAAAAACCAGUAGAAGGCUCUUAAAUUCUACUCUCUUCAAGACCGGUAGCUCGUGUAAUGAUAAGAGAACUGGAGAAAUGUGGUCAUGUAAUGGGGUUCAGGUGAGCACCUUAACUGAACAAUUUGUAGUCUAAAUUUUGAUUUAAAGCUUUCGUGACUGCAGGGAUUCAUAUUCUUGUUUCUUUCGGUAAAGUGACUACAUGACUUUACCGAAGGAACCAAGAAUAUAAUUUGUAGUCUACCAAGGACCUUUAUUUGAAACACCAACCAGCGAGGCAUUGCAGUAAUCGAUUCGCGAGAGGACAAGUGCAUGGACCAACCUCUCUAACGAUGCUGCGCAGUUCGAGCAAUGUUGCUAAGGUGUAAAAACGAGGUUUUCACAAACUUAUUAACGUGAUGUUCGAAGGAAAAGGGACGCAUCGAAUAUCACCCCAAGAUUAUUAAUCUCACGCUUCGGGCAGACGUUCUGGCCAUCAAUAACUAGGCUGAAAAGUCCCAAGUUUUUUUUCAACUUUUGGGGAGAGCCGACUAAGAGGAGUUUGGUCUUAUGUCCAUUUAGCUGGAGAAAAUUGUUCUGCAUCCAUGAUUUUACAGUUGUUAAAGAUGAUGAAAGCAACGAUGCUGCUGACGUAGAAUCUGGUGUUAGCUGGAGGUAAACGUGGGUGUCGUCUGCAUAGCAAUGGUAGCGCAGCCCAAGAAAUCGCAGCAGUGCUCCAUGUAAAUGCGAAACAGAAUGGGACCAAGCACCACCGAUUCUUGAGGAACCCCAGACUGCACUGAACUGACCGAGGACUUGAAGCCGGCCCAUAUUUACAUACUGCAGGUAAGAGCGGAACCACUCCAGAGCAGAAUCUGUAACCCCCAUAAUAUUUUCAAGCCGUUCGAUUAAAAUCUCACGGUCGAUUGUAUCGAACGCUGCGCUCAGGCCGGUGCUGGAAGCAGCAGCCUCGGUGGUGAGACACAGCAGACUUGCCGCUCCCGGUAGAUCCCCUCUGGCAACUCGACUUCCUCCUCGGCAAGGCGAAGCCUCACCUUGGACGACGAGGUUUCGUCGGAUGAGCUCAGCAGGGGCAGUGAUGUCAUCGUCCUGCACGGUGUUUCGUUCGGUUUUUGCAACUGAGUUAGUCACCUUCCUCGCUGUCCUCCUCACUUUCACCGCGAGUGAGCCGACGGAGCUUGCGUGGCCUCGCGGACUCUAAAUGUUGCAGUGCAUCUUCAGAAUCUGGGUCAAGCUCUGUCCGAGCGCUCUUAUGGUUAUCCCCGUCGUGUAGGCUGAGGCCAGCCUGUUCUCAGACCCCCCCCCCCCCAGGGAUAGCAAGGCCGCCUCGGUGGGGGUUGUCUUCUUUGCGAAGUACACAGCUGCGGAUGCUAGGGAGGGGUACAGGCUUGGGGUGAAUUCCCUGGCCUCGGGUAGUCGGAUGGCCUUGGCCUAGGGGUACCAUUACCCUGCAAGCUUCUUGAGUUUCGCUGGGGCAUUGAGGAAGGUUGGUAUUUCCCUAACAAUUUCAGGAAUCAAGAGCGGGCCCCUGUCACACUCGGCUAAGGAUGAUUCCACCGCUGUAACAGCGGUCAUCUGAACACCCAUCGCGAUGAGCUUGACUUUGUCGAUCACAGCUCUUCCUGGCCCUGUGAUCUUGAGAUUAAUCACUCCUUUCAGGAACUCGGAGCACCAGGCUUGUCCCCCCCCCCCCAGCCACCUCAACAAACUGAGACCCCUCCAGACUGGUGUAUGGGGGUGUACGUCGCACUGGCAUUGCAGGAAGACUUGAAAGCCUGGAACCUUCCGUCAGCGGGCCUAGGUAUAGCCCUGUGAGCCAUGCGGCUCUUAAGUCGGGUGCAUUCGCAACAAACACACAGAGACCCAUAGACUCUGAGUGCUUGUGGGAAUGUUAAACAAAAACGGGACAACUUGUCGCGUGUUCCUGUCUACAAGUUUUUUGUGCAUCGCUUUUAACAAACACAAUGCACACACACACACACGUGUCGCAGACACCCCGUGUCACUGCCAUGCUAUUGAAGGGACGUGAAACCUCAAACAUGAAAACUGUGAUCACCGACGGCAAUCAACGAUAAACAACAACUAAUAAUAAACGAGCAGCUGACGACGUCCCCUCUCUACAAUUCGGGAACCCCGCCGUGGGAACGGGGAACUUCCGGCUCUCACGGCCGCCAACGGGGACGGUGGAGCGGCCGCCUCCACCGUGGCCGCUUACUUGAGUCUUGAGCCCCUGGGCACGGCGGCCAGGAUGUUGAUCGCAGCAUGGCACAGUCCAAGCCGGUGUUCCACGUCAACUGGUGCCUAGUGGGUAUGGCUGGGACCAUACCUCCCCGGGAUCCAUCUAAGCGGACCCUCAACCGUCGUUCCUGCGACCAUGCCGGUUGAGAUUACCUCUCUUUCCACCCGGACGGGUAUAUGCCGGCGGAUGACCGGGAUCACCGCGCAGAGGAUUGCCAGGCAUGUGGUAGCAGGGCUGUGUCUGGACCGGUUAUCAGAGUCGAGCGGGAGCAGUGUCGGAUCGACCGCUAGGGUCUCUGGAGGUAUGGCCCAUGGGUUCUCUGCUCCUGACAGCGCGAGUGAAGCGCCUUCCGUUCGGUGUUUGGGCUAACCAUCUUUAGCGCAUAUAUUUGUUAAAAUAAACAUUCUUAUAACUACCGGAAGUAAUGAUCCAAUGGCGUCCACAAUAAUUGUGAUAACGAUGGGCUCACGGAAGCAUUAACGCCUCCAUACGAUGACGACACUCUUUUGAUUUAAAGCAGUGAUUAAUAUUCUUGGUUCUUUCGGUAAAGUCACGUUGAAGGGAAACAAAAUAAUAAAAUAUAUAUUUAAAACAAUACAAUUCUCACGACGUUUCGACUGCUUGUGUUGCAGUCGAAACGUCGUGAUAAUUUUAUUGUUUCAUAUAUAUUUUAUUAUAUUAUUGUUUCCCUUCAACGUGACUUUACCGAAAGAACCAAGAAUAUGACGACACUCUUGUUCUGCCGCUGCGGUGGACGUAGAGACGAUGUGAGAUGCAUUGUUUCCUUGAACCAAAUCAGAGGUAACACGAAAUUCCUCCACGCGUGCAACAUGCGUGCGUAAAAAAAUAGUAAUGCACAACCCCCUUUGUAAAUCCACUGCUAGAUGAAAGCCUCCCUUGAUGCGGCGGUGUUCGUGGGGGGGUUGUGAGGGCCGUGCUACACCAUGCCCGUCAAUAUGGGUUGGUGAAGAGAGGGCCCAGGAAUGGUUCGGGUAUCUCAAAUAUUUCAGAUAUUUUGAGCGUAAGAAUUUCUUUGUAUUGAUGAAUCGCUUAAUCGCUACGAUCCUACUACUCGAUACAACUGUUGUUCGUCUUUGAAUCACAACCCCCUCCCCCUGAAAGCAUGACAUGCAAUCAGCUGGCACACACGGUCUAUUUAAUUUAAAUUAUCUUUAAUACCGGUUAGUGUUAUUGCAGUUUUUUUUAUGAUUGUAAAUGUCUAGAGUGAAAUAUGAGGGGACCAUCUCAACAUAAACGAUUAAAAGCUGUAAAUGCAAAACUGUCGUUAAUGCCUCUCAUGCCGUUUUAAACUUUUUGCAUGUACGCCUUUCUGAGACCUCUUUCCUUCUCCCUGUGUUGCCGUAUUCUCUGGAUUAUAAGGUGCUCUGGAAAGUAAGACGCAACCCAAAACCUGUCCCCGCAGUGUCAAAGUUAUACAAAAUCUCGUCGCACAAUCAUGCACGUAUAACAAAACAAAUAAGCAGAGGAUGCGUCCUCUUCACAUUAUUCCGUCUCUCUACAUUAAAAAAAACUAAUUUAUUCCUCUCACAACCCAUAAGCGGCCGCCGCCACAUUCUGUGUGCGUAUUUUCAUCAGCAUUGUUUUAAAGACGAGCCAAAAUCCGGAGCGGUUUCGGCACGCGGUGUCUCUUCGGCAGAGGGGUCAGGCUUGCUGGAAUCGAUGCCGGUGAGCUGCUGACCUCACCGGCCACACCUCCUCACUUGACGGAGAGUUCUCAUCGUCAUACCCACCCACGUGUUUCUUUAAAAUACUGGAGGGGUGAAAAAAAGGUGCGUCCGAUAUAAUCUGCAGAACACGGCACAAAGGGCUCCCGACUGCCUUCCCCGAACGUGUCCUGUCCGUCAUAAAACUUCGUGGAUAAACUGCUGUGCUAAAACGAUAACCUUUUGCGAUGUGCUGUUUACAUCACGGAAGCUGCGCGCUUGAGUCUUUCCCCCCCCCCCCCCCCCCUCUUACGUUCGCCGCCCGUUACUGCGACGUCGGAGCUGCCAAAACAAAUCCCGAGAGGAGGAGGAGGAGGCGGCGGCAGCUGGCGUGCCGCUCCGCGAGAUGCCAAUUAUCUCGCUCGCUCGCCACGUCAGUCGUUUUCUCGUUGCCACGACGUUCUUUUUUGUUUGUAUCGAUUUGUUGUUUAUCUCAAAUGUUUCAUGGUUCCCCCCCCCCCCCAUCGUUUUUAUUUUUGUUUGUUUUGUUAUCGCUGGAACGUGACAAAUAAAAAAGGCUUUUGACACCGAGAUGCCCUCCCUG